AUGUUUAAUUUGGCAAUACAGGUUCUAAAUUCAAUGAAGAGAUAUUUCGCUCUGGUAUCGUCAAAGUUGGCACAAUCAAGUUCAUCCACUCAAAAUACUCCUCGCGUGGAAGAGAACUUGAGUCAAUUAGAAGAAAAAAAUCAUCAUUCUGCUAAAAAACAAAAGCAAGGAGUAAACUUAAAUUCUUUACCGACAGAUUCAAAAGAAAGAAAAUCUAUUUGGGAAUAUCAUCCGAAUGAUCGUGAUGAGAUUAGGCAAGCAUAUAUUCAAAGAGGUUCUCAUCAACCUCGUGUUCUCGAAUUUCCUCAAAGUGAUAUUUCUAGAUUAAAACGUCGUUUUAAUCAUAAAUGGUAUAAAAUAUAUCAUGAUUGGUUGGAGUAUAGUGAAAUUGAAGAUGCCGCUUAUUGUUUAUGUUGUUAUUUAUUUCAAGAUAAAAGCAUUCAUGAAGGUGGAGGUGAAGCAUUUUCAAGUAUAGGAUUCAGAAGUUGGCACAAAAAAAAAUUAGAUACGCAUGAUGGAGGGCCGAACAGUGAUCACAAUCAGGCAAAGAAAAAGUGUGAAGAUAUAAUGCGACAAGAGCAAUCAAUUCAAGCCGCAUUUGUAAAGCCAUCCAAUCAAAUCAAGCUUGAAUACAGAAUUCAUUUACAAGCUUCUGUUGAUAUAGUGAGACUCCUUUUGAAUCAAGGAUUGGCAUUCCGUGGACAUCGUGAAGAUGAAUCAUCAUUGAAUAAGGGUAAUUUUUUUGAAAUUCUUUCAUGGUAUGCAAGUCGGUGUGAUAGAAUUAGAGAUCUUGUGUUGAAAAAGGCUCCAAAAAAUAAUCAAUUGACUUCUCAUAAAAUUCAAAAGGAUAUUGUCACUGCAUGUAAACUUGAUAUAGUUAAAGCUAUUAUGGAGGAUCUAAAUGGUGAUUAUUUCUCAUUGCUAGUACAUGAAUCUUGUGAUAUGUCAUGCAAGGAGCAAAUGACAAUUAUUUUGCGAUAUGUUGAUAGUGGGGGAUCUGUUGUGGAACGAUUUAUAGGGGUUUUUCUUGUUUAUGAUACUAGUGCUUUAUGUUUAAAAGAAGUAGUUAUUAACUAUCUUACUCAACAUUCUUUGAGUUUAUCUUGUAUACGAGGGCAAUUCUAUGAUGGAGCAAGCAAUAUGCAAGGGCAUCUAAGUGGCCUUAAAGUUUUGAUUUAG